AUGCGAGGUAUGUGGAAUGGAUUACAAGUUUUGAUUUUGAAUGAUUGCCUAUAUGCUCACUACAUCCAUUGUUUUACACAUCGCUUACAAUUGACAUUAGUAAAAGCAUCAAAACAAGUUGUCCCCAUUAAUGGAUUUUUUCUAAAAUUGCUUUUGGUGAUCAAAACUACUUAUGCUUCCUGCAAGUGUAAUGAGCAAUUGAAAGUUGUCAAUGCUAAUGAAAUAGCAUGCUUGAUUGAUCUUAAAGAGCUUGAGACUAGAAGUGGACUUAAUCAAAUUGGCACUUUACAACGACCUGUAGAAACAUGUUGGAGUUCACAUUUUAGCUCAGUUUCUAGCUUAUUAAGGAUGUUUUCUUCAACUAUUGAAGUUUUACUAAAUAUAAUUGAUGAUGUGGCUGAUGGAGAACAUCAGGUAGAAGCAAAGUCAGCUCAUGAUGGUUUAACUUCAUUUGAAUUUGUCUUCAUCUUGCAUCUUGAGAAGGAAACUAUGGAGAUCACUAAUAAACUUUGUCAAGUUUUGCAAAACCAAUCUCAAGACAUUUUAAAUGCUAUGCAGUUACUUUCAUCUACUAAAGCACUUAUCCAAAAAUUUAGAGAUGAUGGAUGGGAUGGCUUACUCACUACUGUGAUAUCAUUUUGUGAGAAUCAUUGCAUUGUCAUCCUAGAUAUGAAUGCUUGUUAUGUUGGGAGGCAAGGUCGAGCUUGUAAUCAGCAAGAUAACAUUACAAUUGAGCAUCAUUAUCGAGUAAAUAUUUUUUAUACUGCAAUAGAUUCUCAACUACAGGAACUAAAUCAUCGGUUUAAUGAAGAUACAAUGGAGUUACUUAAGCUUAGCUCAGCUUUAGAACCUCGAGAGGCAUUAAAAUCUUUUAGAAGUAGUGAUCUUUGUUUGUCGGUAAAGAAUUUCUAUUCACAAGAUUUCACAGAUUAUGACAAACAAGUGUUGGAGAAGGAGCUUUAUCAUUUUGAGCAUAAUGUAGUUUGA